AUUUGAUCUGGCAACCCCAAGUAUGUCAGUUAUUGUAACUGGAUUGACGCUAACUUUACUCCAUUCCUUGUUCGAUCGCCAUUUGUAAGAGGACAAAAAAAUCUUGUAAUAAAAUAAAACACGUGUGUGAAACACAAAAUAAAUAAAAUUAUAAAAUAUUAAAUCAUUAAAAUUCAGGUGUGGGGUACACACACGCUUGCCGUAAAAUAAAUUAUUGUUUGGAAUAAUAUUUGUGAGUGUACAUUUGUUUGGUAAUGGCUGCACGUCUUACAAGGCAAGAAAUUUUAGAAGCCCUUACUGAGAAGGGAGUUAAUUACCCAUCAUCGGCCACCAUUGCUCAGUUGCGUACUUUGUACGAACAGGAGAUAUCCGCUGGUAGAAUGUCUAUGUCAGUAAAGGAUACCGAGGAUAUUUUGCCGGCACUAGGUGCUGCCAGCAUGUGCCCGGGUGCAAAGGCAUCCGCACCAACCAGUAUUGAAAGUACACUGCAUAAUACCAAAAACGCUGCCACAGUGCCACCUGCUGCCCCUAAGCCACAUAGUGAGAUACCUGCUGAUGAAAUUACGCUUGAUGCAUUAAUGCUGCCUGCCGCUACAGUGCCUGCCGAUGAAGCAAAAUCAAUUGAAAAUCCUGCCGAACAGAUGCCUUAUGUAACUGAGGGUUCUGGAGACAUGUUGUCCUCGGAAAGUAUGCCUGCCGACAAUCAGUCAUACAAUAAAAUCAGCGCUUAUGCUAACACCCCGCUGCUAAAUUUUUUAGCGCUUUCAAGUGAAGUAAGUACUAUGCCUCAACCGACAGCUGCGGUCAGAACUGAUGCCAUAGGUUACUUAUCAAAAGUAACCACCCCUACGAAGUUUUAUGCUGACCCGGUGGUUCAUUCUGCAGCCUCGUCGCAAAAAACUAAUGCCGUCCCAUCUGCCAACAUGGAUGAUCCACUAGAGGCCGAAUUAAAAACUUUGCAGUUGCGACUACAGAUAUUACGUGCCCAGGAAGAGAUUCGGACCAUUGAGGCAAAUACAAAUGGUCAAAGACGCCAUAUAGAUUUAGGUGAGAUUGAUGCUGUUGUCCCACCAUUCAGUGGUGAUGACCACUAUGAUGUCAUCAAGUGGUUUACACAAUUUGAAGAUUAUACCGAGAUGUGUGGGUACAGUGAUAGAGAGCGAUGCCUUGGGCUGCGACGCCGGCUUCUGGGAACGGCGAAAAAUUUUGUAUUCAACUUGGGCCCAAUUGAAUAUUCACAACUGAAGUCAAGGUUGAUCAAAGUGUUCCGACGUACGGUCACGCGACAGGAGGUGUAUCGUCAGUUACAAGCACGUAAGCUCCUACCGACGGAAUCAUCCUUAAGCUAUGUGAUAGCAAUGCAGACAAUUGCAAAUCAGUCCACUAUUGAAGAACAGGAGCUGGUGGAUUUGAUUAUUGACGGUAUACCAGAGUCUGGGAGUCACAUUACAUUUUUAUAUGGGGCGAGCACAAUGGAAGAAUUAAUUCGUCGCCUUGACCGCUUCGAGCAGCGACGCCGUCAUACUGCUUUAACUUCGAAAAGGUUGGGGGCUGACACAAAAAUAAGUUCCAGUAUUAAAAUGAAUCCUGCCGUUCAACAAGGUGUUGCCAAAACUGCGGAAGAUGCCAUAAGGUGCUACAAUUGCUCGCAGUAUGGACAUUACCAGAGUAAAUGCCCUAAGCCUAUCAGACCACCAAAUUCGUGUUUCUAUUGUGGUGUAGUGGGCCAUUACCGCCAGAACUGCCCGAAAAGAAGUCGUUCCUUAGCUGCUGUUGUUGGUGACGAUGAGGACAAAGCGGACCCAGUGGACGCAUUCCAAAUGGUGAGUGUUGCCUUUAAUAUUGAAGAUAAGUGCACUGAAUUAAAGUCAAUUAUUUCCCUUUUUGAUUCUGGUAGUCCGGUUAGUUGCAUAAAGAAGUCCAUAUUACCGUUUGCAGUCAAUAGUGAGAAGACCGUUUCGUCAUUUCGAGGAGUUGGUCGGAGUAGAAUAAAUUUCUUUGGUGUAGUUAAAUGUAAAAUAAUGUUUAAAGGUUCUGUAGUAAUACAUAACUGUUUUGUAUUGCCUGAUGAGGAGGCGGUCGUACCACUGUUGAUUGGUCGGGAUAUACUUUCUAAAUUAAAUAUUAAACUAUGUCGUUUGAAGAAAAGAUAUGAUAAAGAAAUGCUUUUGAAUUUAAAUUUAAAUAAAUCUGAAAUAAGUGAACCAGUUUCAAGUGCACUUAAAUCUUUUAAUAUUUGUAGAAGCCCACGAGGGAAGGGGGAAAAGAUUCUAGCUAUUAAUGACAAAAACGAAAUCCUCAAUUUGCCUUUUUCUGAUGUAAACGGUUUAGAAAAUGGUAAUUUUGAUUUAUUGAAUGUUGCUACUACUUCUGAACGGUUGGGUGCAUGUGUCACAAUUCCUGGUUGUGAUGGGGACUUGGUCGAAUAUUCGGGUGACCUUAUGGAUACAAAUGGGCCUGAUUUAGGAGGUGGAAUUGACAUUGACCCUAAUCUAGGUCAAUGUGAUGUUGAUAUUAUUAAGGGGGUGCUAACUGAGUGUUAUUUCGAUGUGACGGACAUUAGGCGGGAGGAAGGGGAAUAUUCCAUGCAAAUACGUUUGAUUAAUGACGUCCCGGUAUUCAGUGCACCCAGGAGAUUAUCUCAUCGGGAGCGUGAGGAGGUUAGGGAAACACUUAAUCGCUUGUCGCAACAGGGCAUAAUAAGGCCUAGUGAGUCCCCAUAUGCUUCCCCAUUAGUAUUGGUGAGGAAAAAGAAUGGCACACUGCGAAUGUGUGUUGAUUAUCGCGCCCUUAAUAGAAUAACGCUUAGGGACAAUUUUCCGUUACCUGUAAUCGAGGAUUGUCUGGAGUACUUAGGGAAUAAGAGGUAUUUUAGUACCCUUGAUUUGAAAGAGGGGUUUCACCAGGUCAGGGUUCAUCCUGAUUCAAUUAAGUAUACUGCUUUUGUUACGCCGUUUGGGCAAUAUGAGUUUUGUUAUAUGCCAUAUGGCUUACGCAACGCGCCUGCGGUAUUUCAGAGGUUUAUAACCAUGGUAUUGAGGGAACUUGUGGAUGCUGGGAAGGUUGUAGUGUACAUGGAUGAUAUUAUUAUAGCAACUGAGGAUAUUAGAGAUCACGUUGAGAUAUUGCGUAAGGUUUUACUUCUGUUGAGCGGACAUGGGUUGAAUAUGGUUUAAUAUUGAAGAUAAGUGCACUGAAUUAAAGUCAAUUAUUUCCCUUUUUGAUUCUGGUAGUCCGGUUAGUUGCAUAAAGAAGUCCAUAUUACCGUUUGCAGUCAAUAGUGAGAAGACCGUUUCGUCAUUUCGAGGAGUUGGUCGGAGUAGAAUAAAUUUCUUUGGUGUAGUUAAAUGUAAAAUAAUGUUUAAAGGUUCUGUAGUAAUACAUAACUGUUUUGUAUUGCCUGAUGAGGAGGCGGUCGUACCACUGUUGAUUGGUCGGGAUAUACUUUCUAAAUUAAAUAUUAAACUAUGUCGUUUGAAGAAAAGAUAUGAUAAAGAAAUGCUUUUGAAUUUAAAUUUAAAUAAAUCUGAAAUAAGUGAACCAGUUUCAAGUGCA